UUUCAUUUCUUAUUUCAAAGGCUUCUUACAGUUUCACCAGUCUUGCAGCCGCGUCAACCGAGCUUGGAAGCUUGGGUCGCAUCGCCGGGAGGAUCAGAAGCUCAAUCAGGUCCACGUGGCUAAAAGGAGAGACCUUUAGGUCUUCAAUCUCAAAAGGGUGCCAUGGAUAUCCCUCUGCCUCUUAGUAAAUUGGCUAUGCAUCUGGUUAAUCACGACGACAAGGACAAGAAAUAUGUAGUUCUAGUAGCAACCGGAAGUUUCAAUCCUCCUACUUACAUGCAUUUACGAAUGUUGGAACUGGCGAGAGACGCAAUGAAUUCUGAAGGCUUUUGUGUGAUUGGAGGUUAUAUUUCACCUGUUAAUGGAGCAUACAACAAGAGGGGACUUAUAUCUGCUGAACAUCGUAUACAGUUGUGUCAUCUAGCCUGCAAAAGUUCAGAGUUUGUAAUGGUUGAUCCGUGGGAGGCAAGACAAAGUACCUUCCAACGAAGUUUAACAGUACUGUCUAGAGUCAAGGGUUUCUUGUCCGAGUCUGGGCUGAUACCCAGUGAAUCUCUGAAGUGCAUGCUUGUUUGUGGUUCUGAUCUACUCCACUCUUUUAGCAUUCCUGGAGUUUGGAUUCCAGACCAGGUCAGGGGCAUAUGUAGAGAUUAUGGUGUGGUUUGCAUAUGCAGGGAGGGACAAGAUGUUGACAAGAUAAUGUCAAAUGAUGAUAUUUUGAGGGAGAAUAGGGGUAACAUAAGAACUGUGGAUGAGCUUGUACCAAACCAAAUAAGUUCAACAAGAGUAAGGGAUUGCAUCUCAAGAGGAUUGUCAAUAAAAUAUCUGACUGCAGAUGAAGUAAUUGAUUAUAUUAAAGAGCAGCAUCUGUACUUGAACUCAAAUGACAAAUGACGAUCAUGAUUUUUCAUCAAAGUGCAGAUGUUUAUGAGAUCAUUGUGUAAAAAUUAAUAAUCAAUCGAUUAAUGGUACAUAUUUUUGACAAUGGAUUGUCCACUGUUAAAAGCAUUCUGAUUUUUCUACCACCGUUUUUUAUC